AUGAUUGGAACUAUUGCUAUUGUUGUAAUUGCUUUAUUAGUAAUUUUUGUUUUUAAAAAACAACCAUCAAAUAUUCCACCAAUUGUUGAAACUAUUCCAUUCAUCGGAUGUUUUAUUCAAUUUGCAAAGAAUCCAUUAAAAUUAGUUAGAGAUAGUUAUGACAGAUUAGGUGAUAUUUUUACCCUUCAUUUGAUGGGAUUCAAAAUGACAUUCCUUGUUGGUCCAGAAGCUCAAGCUGUAUUUUUCCGUGGUACUGAUGAAGAAUUAUCACCAAAAGAAGCCUAUAGAUUUGUUAUUCCAGUCUUUGGUAAAGGUGUUGUCUACGAUAGUGAAACCGAAAUCAUGUAUGAACAAUUACGUUUCGUCAAGAACGGUUUAGUACUUUCACAAUUAAAAAAAGCUGUUGGUAUCAUUGCCGAAGAAACUGAAAAAUACUUUGAAAUGAAAUGGGGAGACAGUGGUGAAAUCGAUUUACUCUAUGAAAUGAAUAAACUCACUAUUCUCACUGCUAGUCGUUGUUUAAUGGGUAAAAGUAUCAACAAAUCUCUUGGUCAAUCAGGUGAACUCGCUGAUUUAUAUCACGAAUUGGAAGAAGGUCUCAAUCCAAUUUCAUUCUUUUUCCCAAAUCUUCCAUUACCAUCAUUCAAAAAGAGAGAUGCUGCCCGUGCUAAAGUCGCUGCUAUUUUCCACUCAAUCAUUCAAGAAAGAAGAAAAUCAACUGAUGACUCUGUAGAUGAUGUCCUUUACACUCUUAUGAACAGUAAAUACAAAGAUGGUACAAUCCUUGAAGAUGAACAAAUCGUUGGUUUAAUGAUUGGUUUACUUUUCGCUGGUCAACACACUUCAUCCAUCACUCUUACCUAUUCAAUUUUCUACAUGUUAAAUAACCUCGAAUACUAUGAUGAAGUCAUGAAAGACAUCAAAGAUAUCGUUCAAGAUGAAAAUCAAGGUGAAAUCAAUUUCGAUGCCCUCAAGAGAAUGAAUCGUCUCGAAACUGUUAUCCGUGAAGUUUUACGUUUACACCCACCAUUAAUUUUCUUAAUGAGAAAAGUUAUGGAACCAAUGGAAUACAAAGGUAAAACCAUCCAAAAGGUCACAUCCUUGCUGUUUCUCCACAAUUCAUUCAACCCAAGACGUUUCGAUGUUGAAGAUAAAACUCCAUUCUCUUUCAUCGCUUUUGGUGGUGGUAAACAUGGUUGUCCAGGUGAAAAUUUCGGUAUCCUCCAAAUUAAAACUAUUUGGACUAUUCUUUCACAAAAAUAUAAUUUAGAAUUAGGUCCAGUCCCACCAACCGAUUUCACUUCAUUAGUUGCUGGUCCAAAAGGUCCAUGUAUGGUUAAAUAUUCAAGAAAACAAAAAAAAUAAAUUAAGAAAAAACAAUAAAUUUUUUCUAUUUAUAAAUUUU